ACGUGUCCUUGAUGGCCUGCCUGGAUCCUGAAUUAUCAUGUGCUAUAUGUCUAGAACUGUUUGUGGAUCCCUGUACGUUGACAUGUUUGCAUUCUUAUUGUCGUGGAUGCAUAGUGAAGCUUAUAGAGGAAGAUGUUACUGCAAACCGAACCAGAGUAACGUGUCCCCAGUGUAGACAUGUUCAAAAUCUUGGUGCCAGGGGGUAUAAAGCCAUAAAGAGGAAUUCUACACUGGCAAACAUUGUAAAUAAAUACACAGGUAGUGGUUUACAUGCUUCAAAAAAGUCACAAAAUGCAGAUGUCAAAAUUUGUCUAAUUUGUCAUGAAGAAAUUUCCAUCUCAGAUGCUAUGCCCAUGCAUAUCAAUCACCAAUUAUGUGAUAUUCAGUUAGGCAGGAAAAUGCUCAGUGAAGAAAUUUCAAAGAAGAUCAUGGCACUUGAAGAUAGCCAUUCUGAUAUAUCCGAGUCUGUGAAAAUCAUAAAAGCCAAUAUUGCAAGUUUCAAAAAGUGUCAAAAGUCUGCUGCGAAUGACAUCGAGUGUACUUUAGAUACCAAAAGACAACAUUUGGAAGAGUACAGAAUUAGGAGUUUUCAAGAAUUACAACAAUACUCAGAGGGAAUGUGCGGUGGAAAGGAAAAAUUUAUUGAAAAAUUGCUUGAACACAACGUCAGAAUAAACAAAAACCUAGAAGAAAUACGAUGCCCUAAUUUGAAUGAAAUUGCAUUACAUGUAAUGGUAGUGUAA